ACUCCGCCCGUAAAUUCCCCUCCUUCGGUCCGGGCCUUCCUAAUUUGUAAUUCAAUGCCGAAGCUUUUAAUUUAUCCUCAUUCUUUCAAUUUUUUGCAUAUAAACCACGGGAUUCUCUCGGUUUCCCGAGGCCAAUAAAAGUAAAUUGAACUUUUCUUGCCAUACUAGGGCUUUAAGCAACACCGAAAGAAGAGAGCGGGAAUGGUAUUUUGGGAGAUUCAGUUGUUCCUUUAGCUCUGUAAACAGUGAUAUGUAGUUUCAGACUAAUCGGCUGUAGCUCAAUUCGGGUUCAUGACUAUCUGGUGCGUGGUUCAUUUCCCAAAAAUUUUAUAUGCGGUUCCUUUGUUGGCUAUAGCAAGUGCUAGAGCACUUUUCUAAAUAUUAUUGUUGAGGUAAGACUUGUCUUGUAUGCAAAGAGGGCUGCAAUGACCUAUGCACCAGAGUCGGUCCAUCCUGAAAAGGUUGAGCAUUCAGGCGAUCAAAAUGGUUGGAAGGACAAGGAUAAAUCUGAGAUGAGCAAUGGAAAUGUGAUAGAAGAUGCCUGUAAGCCAAAUUUAGAUGGAGAUAAAAAUUCUUAUGUUGAGAAUGAUGAUCAAGAAGAAAAUUUGCCAGAUGGUUCUCCCCAUGACAUCUGUCUCACUUCUGAAAGGAGCUUAAGUACAGUUGUUAGAGUUCAAGAGAACGGGAGUGAUAAUGCAAUCUACCAUUCAGAAGAUGGUAUGGAAGUCAAUAUUUCAGAAAUUGAAGGGACUCCAGGUGUGGACAACGUGGGGCUGGCACCCUUCAGAAAUAGGAGAGAACAAAGUUGUAGUAGCAGAAGAUUAGAGGAAGCACUUGCUUUGUAUGAGCAAGAAUUGUUGGAAGAUGAUGACGAAGAUGACAAGGACUGGUUACCUUUUCGACGAUUUGCUGUCCAGACAAAGUGGUUCUGCACCAAUUGCACUAUGGCCAAUUUUGAUGAUUCAGUCUAUUGUGAUCUAUGUGGAGAACAUCGGAACUUUGAACUCAUACCAGCAAAAAUGCUGGGAAAAUUUGAGGCAUCUAGGGAGAGGCUAGAAGCAGAAAGUAAAAAUGAUGCUGUUACUUUGCCAUCUCCCACACCAUCUAUGCUUGAGGAGUCGAGCACAUCAUCUUUUCAUAAACGGACAGCAAUUGGAUUUGAUGAGCGGAUGAUGCUUCACUCAGAAAUUAAGAUGAAGUCACAUCCUCAUCCAGAAAGGCCUGAUCGUCUUCAAGCAAUCAUUGCAAGUCUCACAGCUUCUGGAUUUUUUCCUGGAAAAUGCUUUCCUAUACCUGCAAGAGAGGCUACAUACCAAGAGCUGGCAAUGGUCCAUACUUCGGAGCAUGUUGAUGCUGUUGAGUUAACAAGCUGCAAUAUCUCAAGUUACUUCACUCCAGAUACAUAUGCAAAUAGGCAUUCGGCUCUUGCAGCAAGACUUGCAGCUGGUAUAUGUGCCGACCUUGCAACAGCAAUUAUGACAGGCCAAGCUCAGAAUGGGUUUGCUCUUGUAAGACCUCCUGGUCAUCAUGCAGGGGUAAAAGAUUCUAUGGGUUUCUGUCUUCACAAUAAUGCAGCAGUUGCUGUGAUGGCUUCCCGUGCUGCAGGAGCAAAGAAGGUUUUAAUUGUUGAUUGGGAUGUGCACCAUGGAAAUGGUACGCAAGAGAUUUUUGAUUCCGAUAAAUCAGUCCUCUAUAUCUCCUUACAUAGACAUGAAGGGGGGCAUUUUUAUCCUGGAAGUGGUGCGGCUAGUGAGGUUGGUACCUUUGGGGGAGAGGGGUACUCUGUUAAUAUUCCAUGGAAGUGUGGAGGAGUUGGAGAUAAUGACUAUAAUUUUGCUUUUCAACAUGCUGUUCUGCCUAUAGCUUAUCAGUUUGCAUCUGACAUAACAAUAAUUUCAGCAGGAUUUGAUGCUGCAAAGGGUGAUCCUCUUGGCUGCUGUGAGGUCACACCGGCUGGUUUUGCAAACAUGACUCAGAUGUUAAGUGGUCUAUCAAAUGGAAAGAUGCUUGUUAUCUUAGAAGGGGGUUAUAAUCUACAGUCAAUAUCUUCCUCGGCAACGGCAGUAGUAAAGGUGCUCCUUGGAGAUAACCCCGAUCCACCUCCUCAAGAUACCCAACCAUCAAAGUCUGGUCUAAAGACACUUCUGGAGGUUCUUGAAAUUCAAUCAAAGUACUGGUCAAGUGUAAGGGAGCAUUAUCUUCAGUUGCAGUUGCACUGGCAAGCAUUGUAUGGUAGAAAGAAAAAUGGGAUACACGAAGGAAAUAAUCUUGGGUGUCUCCUCUAAUUGUUUAAAUCAACCAAAUGGAGGAUCAUAAUUUUGAAAGAGGGCAAGAGGAGAUUUUCAAAGGCAAGAGACUUUGUAAAUGGCACAAUGGCAUUCAAGCAUUCAUUGAAGCAAUUCCUUGUUCCUUUUUUAAUGAUUGACAAAUUGUUAAUUCAGUCAACUUUUAGUAUAGGGGUUACCAGAUUUAAUUAAGCAGAGUAUUACUGCAGAAACAUUCAACAAGCUUGUAGGGAUGAAGACUAUGUUUGAUGCAUACACAGGACAGCUUUCAAAAUAUAUUGAAGUUCCCAAGAAGAUUUCACAUACAAUCAUUUUGAGGGAUAUUCAUUUCAAUUAUUCAGAUGGAUUGAAUUUCAAUUUGGUAAAGGAAACUCUUGAUAAUUUACAAGGAUAUUUUCAGGGCGAUCAUCCAAAAAGAGAAGAGAAAAGAAUAUAAAUUGAAAAUGAUGGCAUAGAUAAAUGAACACGAGCAAAAAUGAUAGCUAUUUACAUGUCAAAUUCAAAAUGAAAUGUAAUGAUUAAAUAUUUGGCAUCAAACUUACAUUUGUAAAGUUUAAUUUUUAAUUUUUAAUGCCAAAAUGGCACGU